GGAUCUUUCUUAGUCUUCUUUGUCUUUUGGUGUCUGUGGGCCCGAGUGUGUGGGUGUGUGCACGGGUGCGCGUGCGUGUAAAUAUUUCCUACUCCCUCGGUCUGCUUUCUCUUCCCUCUGCCUCAGGGCAGGGUGCCAUUCGCCGUGCCCGACAAAGUGCUGUGGCCGCAGCUGUGUGAGGCGCUCAACAUGAAAUUCAAGGCCGAAGUGCAGAGCAACCGCGGCCUGACCAAGGAGAACCUCGUGUUCCUGGCCCAGAAACUGUUCAAUGGCAGCAGCAGCCACCUUGAAGACUAUAAUGGCAUGUCCGUGUCCUGGUCCCAGUUCAACAGGGAGAACUUGCCAGGCUGGAACUACACCUUCUGGCAGUGGUUUGAUGGGGUCAUGGAGGUGCUGAAGAAGCAUCACAAGCCCCAUUGGAAUGACGGGGCCAUCCUAGGUUUUGUGAACAAGCAACAGGCCCAUGACCUGCUCAUCAACAAGCCCGAUGGGACCUUUUUAUUACGCUUUAGCGACUCCGAAAUCGGGGGCAUCACCAUUGCCUGGAAGUUUGACUCUCCUGACCGCAACCUGUGGAACCUGAAGCCAUUCACCACGCGGGACUUCUCCAUCCGGUCGCUGGCUGACCGACUAGGGGACCUGAGCUAUCUCAUCUACGUAUUUCCCGACCGGCCCAAGGACGAGGUCUUCUCCAAGUACUACACCCCUGUGCUCGUGGAAAGCUGGGUGGAUUCUCACUUCUGCACCCUUGGGGGACAAAGAGGCAGAGCUGGCCAGGAUAAUGAUACCCACAGACGAUGCACUACUCCCAUCUUAAUUAGCUGCUCUUAUGGCUCCCACCCUCAAACCUGCCCCCAAGUUGAAUAUGGGAAGCAAAAUGGACAGGUUUUUCCUCUUCAACUUGUCCCCAGUCCACUGUUGGGUUUGCUGCUUGGCAUUGGUUCUGCUUCCUUGGCAGGGGUGGGGUGAUGAGAGAGCGAGCAAAGGGCCAGAAAAGAAAGGAGGAGGAAGGAGGAGAUGGGAGUGAGGGGUCUGGGUGGCCCCUUGGGCGGGGUCCACGGGCAGGUGUUUAUAGGAGUCUGGGGAAAUCUCAUCACCGCUGAGGCCUCACAGUGAUGUGGGUAGGAGGCAGACUGCAUGCCGUGGGCUUCCACUACCUGGGAGCUCCUGGAGGCUGGUUCUCAUCACGCUCCCCCCU